UAGUACUGAACGCUCAUGUGUUGGUAGUGUGUGAGUCAGUGUUGUGUGUGUGUGUGUGUGUGUGUGUGUGUGUGUGUGUGUGUGUGUGUGUGUGUGUGUGUGUGUGUGUGUGUGUGUGUGUGUGUGUGUGUGUGUGUGUGUGUGUGUGUGUGUGUGUGUGUGUGUGUGUGUGUGUGUGUGUGUGUGUGUGUGUGUGUGUGUGUGUGUGUGUGUGUGUGUGUGUGUGUGUGUGUGUGUGAGUCAGUGUUGUGUGUGUGUGUGUGUGUGUGUGUGUGUGUGUGUGUGUGUGUGUGUGUGUGUGUGUGUGUGUGUGUGUGUGUGUGUGUGUGUGUGUGUGUGUGUGUGUGUGUGUGUGUGUGUGUGUGUGUGUGUGUGUGUGUGUCCAUCAGUAUGAAUUCGUUCUCAGUUCAUCUCAGUUGUUUGGUUGUGGGAUGGUAAUGAGGUCAGAGAAGCUCCGCCCAGUGGGAGGAGUCAGUGAGACAGAAAAGUGAGACAUCAAUCAGCUCUGGAUCAGAUGCGUCUCUCUCUCUCUCACUGGAGCUCCUGCUUCAUGCUCUUCAGUUUCUGUGAGACCUCAAGAAGUCACCUGGAAACAUCUCUGACUGACUGCUGCUUAUUCUCUCUCUCUCUCUCUCUUUCUCCGGAGUGAUUCCAGACAGCAGAGUUUUUCCCGCAGCGAGUGAAUGGGUCCAGGAUCAGAUGAUGUGGCUCCGGACUCUCCUGCUGCUCGGCCUCGUGGGACGCCUGCUGGACGAGUGUUCUGGAUAUUCGUCUGAAGAUGAGGAUUAUUACAUGCAGGAGCUCUUGAGUCGGGAACAUUUCCAGCGCGUCUCUGAGAACGGAGCCGCUCCCACACGAGCCGCUGGGAAGGAGACCAAAACCAGGUCAGCUGCUUCCAAACCAGCCGGCGGAUCUGAUUCAGCGUCAGUGAAAAAUGGAAGCAAAAAGAGUGAGAAGAACAAGAAAGCAGUGAAAGGCGGCAGUGACGUGGACGGUCUGAUCUCUGAGCGCGGCGACUGUCCUCCGCUGGGUCUGGAGACGCUGAAGAUCGAUGACUUUCAGCUCCACGCCUCCAGCAUGAGACACUACGGUCUGGGGCCGCACAGGGGCCGGCUCAACAUCCAGGGCGGUCUGUACGAGGAUGACCUGUAUGACGGUGGCUGGUGUGCGGGACGGAAUGAUCCGCUGCAGUGGUUUGAGGUGGACGCUCGCAGACUCAUGAAGUUCACCGGUGUCGUGACUCAGGGACGGAGCUCGCUCUGGUCGAGUGAUUGGGUGAGCUCGUAUAAGGUUCUGCUCAGUAAUGACUCUCACAGCUGGGUGACACUGAAGAACGGCUCCAGAGAUCUGAUCUUCAGCGCGAAUCGAGAGAAGGAGAUUCCCAUCCUCAACGUCUUCCCCAAACCCGUGGUGGCCCGUUACAUCCGCAUCAACCCGCGCUCCUGGUACGCCAGCGGCGGAAUCUGCAUGCGCACGGAGAUCCUGGGCUGCCCGAUGCCAGAUCCAAACAAUUAUUACCGGAGACGAAAUGAAGUGACCACGACAGACAACCUGGACUUCAGACACCACAGUUAUAAGGAGAUGAGACAGCUGAUGAAGGUGGUGAAUGAAAUGUGUCCGAACAUCACGCGCAUCUACAACAUCGGCAAGAGCUACAACGGACAGAAACUGUACGCCAUCGAGAUCUCAGACAACCCCGGAGAACAUGAGCUCGGUGAGCCAGAGUUCCGCUACACAGCUGGUUCCCAUGGUAACGAGGUCCUGGGCCGCGAGCUGCUGCUGCUGCUCAUGCAGUUCAUGUGUCAGGAGUAUCUGAGCGGAAACAAACGCAUUCGGCGGCUCGUGGACGAGACACGCAUCCACCUGCUGCCCUCCGUCAACCCCGACGGCUACGAGAAAGCCUCCGCAGCGGGCUCGGAGCUCAGCGGCUGGUCUCUGGGCCGCUGGAGUCGGGACGGUCUGGACAUCCAUCACAACUUCCCUGAUCUCAACUCGCUUCUGUGGGAAGCAGAAGCUCGGAAAUGGGUCCCGCGCAAAUUCCACAACCACCACGUGCCCAUCCCGGACUGGUACCGCUCCACAAACGCCACCGUGGCAGUGGAGACGCGCGCUCUGGUGUCGUGGAUGGAGAAGAUUCCAUUCGUUCUGGGUGGGAACCUGCAGGGCGGAGAGCUGGUGGUGACGUUCCCUUUCGACCGCACGCGCUCGGUGACGGUGCUCCGCGAGGCCACGCCCACCGCCGACGAUCACGUGUUCCGCUGGCUGGCCUUCUCCUACGCCUCCACUCACCGGCUCAUGACCGACGCCAGCCGCAGGGUCUGCCACACUGACGACUUGGCCAAGGAAGACGGCACCAUCAACGGCGCCACGUGGCACACGGCUGCAGGAAGUAUGAAUGACUUCAGUUACCUGCACACCAACUGCUUCGAGCUCUCCAUGUACGUGGGCUGCGAUAAAUUCCCACACGAGACCGAACUACCGGAGGAGUGGGAGAACAACCGCGAGUCGCUGCUCGUCUUCAUGGAGCAGGUGCAUCGUGGGAUCAAAGGUGUCAUCAGAGACGUUCAGGGCAAAGGAAUCGCUAACGCCAUUAUCUCUGUGGAGGGAAUCAAUCACGAUAUUCGCACAGCGUCUGACGGCGAUUACUGGCGUCUGCUGAACCCCGGUGAGUACCGCGUGACGGUCCGCGCCGAGGGCUUCAGCGUCAGCAGCAAGGUUUGCGCGGUGGGAUACGACAUCGGCGCCAGCAGGUGCGACUUUGUGCUCGGCCGCUCCAACCUGUCACGCAUCAAAGAGAUCAUGCAGAAAUUCAACAAGCAGCCAAUCAGCAUGAGACAGCGACUGAGACAGCGCCGCCUACUGGACACAUAGAGAGAGGUGUGUGUGUGUGUGUGUGAGUGUGUGUGUGUGUGUGUGUGUGUGUGUGUGUGAGUGUGUGUGAGUGUGUGUGAGUGUGUGUGUGAGUGUGUGAGUGUGUGAGUGUGUGAGAGUGUGAGUGUGUGAGUGUGUGUGUGUGUGUUUGUGAGUGUGUGUGAGUGUGUGUGUGUGUGUGUGUGUGUGUGUGUGUGAGUGUGUGUACUGGUUUUUGUGGUUUACGGAGACACAAAUGUGUAUAAUAACAUGGGUAUGACAGAGGUAUUACAAUUUGAAGGUGGUUUAUGAGGACACUGUCUAUGUCCCCGUAGAACAAAAGGCUUAAAAAACAUACUAAAUGGUGUUUUUUUUUUAAUCUAAAAAUGCCUGUAGUCUCCUGUAAGGGGUAGGUUUAGGUGUAGGGUUGGUGUAGGACAAUAGCACAUACAGUAAGUACAGUAUAAAAACCAUUACGCCUAUGGAGAGUCCCCGUAAACCACUAAAACAAACGUGUGUGUGUGUGUGUGUGUGUGUGUGUGUGUGUGAGUGUGUGUGUGUGUGUGUGUGUGUGUGUGAGUGUGUGUGUGUGUGUGUGUGUGAGUGUGUGAGUGUGUGUGUGUGAGUGUGUGAAAACGAUUGAUCCUCAUCAUGAGAGACUCUUUCUGGACUGAACACAAGCGUCUGAUGUUUAUUAAUAAUCACCUGUAUUAUUUACAGGAGCUGUGUUUAUCAAGAGAAUAUUUUAUCAUCUUUUCAUCAAUGUUUAUUGGCUUUAAUAUAUUUCUAAUGAAUCAGAUCAUUCUUCCAUGUUUUCUAAUAGUUCAUUAACGAGUGAAUGUGACGUGAGUCCAGCUCUGCUCCUUCAGUACUCAGUUCUUGAUGAGAGUUUGGUGUCUGAUGAGUGACGUUCGUUAUAAACUCAUAUAUGACACUCACAGUGUUUAAAACAAUAAGGAAUUCAUUUCUCUCAGUAACUUUGAAUAACUCAUUCUUAAAUGGGUUCUUACAUUAGAUCAUUUCUUGAACAGUUUCUAUUCCAUGUUCCUCUCGCUCAAGCAGUGCGGCAGACGCUCGCAACCACAGGUCAUGGGUUCGAUUCCCAGCAACUGAAUCUGAAUGUGAUUAAAUGUCAGUUUGUUUGGAUAAAAGCCUUAUAUCAGUGUCUGGUGAUUGUCUUUUUAAUGCUGUAACAUCUCAAUAAGUUUGCCAUCUUCCUUCAAAAUAUUGUUUCAUUGAAAAUUCUGUAAUUUCUGAGAAUGUAUUGAAUAUUCUCAACAAAAUGUAUUGAAUGUUCUCUAUUCAUACAUACAGCAGCAAUAAAGCUUCAGAA